AUGCCAUCGUCCGCACCCCAUCGCUGUACCGGUUCCGCGGGAGAUGAGUGCUUGCCAUGUCAAACCUGCCAUUGCAUUGUAGUCCACACAAAGACCCUUGUUCCACCAUACCCGCCCGUGCCGCCAGAGACGGCGGCGCAGUCUAGGAAGCUUUUAGACGUGGGAUUUAGCAGCGAGGUGACAAAUUGUGCGGCAAAAGGUAUGUUGCAUGGGGUUCAUGUUUAUAUCGAGGCCAGCCCCAACAUCGUCACCAACAUGAACAGCGUCACCGUCAGCACACCCCACGUACAAUCCAACCCCGAUCCAAACCCAAACCCAAACCCAAAACUAAACAUCACCAGCGCCCUCCCCGCCCCUCCCCGCCCCAACAACCCCCGGUAA